UGCCUGCUGGGGUGAACGCCCGCUAGCUGAAAGCUGAAGCGUGGUCACCAGCCUGUGCGGAGGAGAACAGGAUGCGGGUCACCAUGAGGAGGGUGUUGCUGGUGGUGGGCUCAGUGGUCGCCCUGAUGGUGACUCUGCACCUCGGCCAGCAGGUCCUGGAAUGCCAGCAGGUCCUGAGCGAGAGGAGGCACAGGCUGAUGAGACCUGAGAAUGAGGAACUGGUCAUGAUGGACUCCAACCACGUCGAGUACCGUUACAGCAAGGAGAUGCCCCUGAUAUUCAUUGGGGGGGUCCCCCGGAGCGGCACGACGCUGAUGAGGGCCAUGCUGGAUGCCCACCCUGAGGUGCGCUGCGGAGAAGAGACCCGCAUCAUCCCCCGGGUGCUGGCGAUGCGGCAGGCCUGGUCCAAAUCGGGGCGAGAGAAGAUGCGCCUGGACGAAGCUGGGGUGACGGACCAGGUUUUGGACGCCGCGAUGCAGGCCUUCAUACUGGAAGUGAUCGCCAAGCACGGCGAGCCCGCCAGGUACUUGUGUAACAAGGACCCCUUCACGCUGAAGUCCUCCGUCUACCUGUCCAGGCUGUUCCCCAAUUCCAAGUUCCUCCUGAUGGUUCGGGACGGCCGGGCUUCGGUCCACUCCAUGAUCACGCGGAAGGUGACAAUCGCGGGCUUCGACCUGAACAGCUACCGGGACUGCCUGACCAAGUGGAACAAAGCCAUCGAGGUGAUGUACUCCCAGUGCCUGGAGAUCGGGCGGGCCCGCUGCCUGCCCGUCUACUACGAGCAGCUGGUGCUGCACCCCGAGCAGUCCAUGCACGCCAUCAUGAAGUUCCUGGACAUCUCCUGGAGCGACACGGUGCUGCACCACGAGGAGCUGAUAGGGAAGCCCGGUGGGGUGUCGCUUUCCAAGAUAGAAAGAUCAACAGACCAGGUCAUCAAGCCGGUGAACAUGGAGGCGUUAUCUAAGUGGAUCGGGCACAUCCCGGGGGAUGUGCUGCAGGACAUGGCCCACAUCGCCCCCAUGCUCGCCAGGCUGGGCUACGACCCCUACGCCAACCCGCCCAACUACGGCCACCCCGACCCCUUGGUCGUCAACAACACGCACAGA